AUGCGCGGCCUUUACAUGGGACUGGGCGCCAUUGCCCUGGCGUCCGUCAAUGCUUGGGAAUACCCCUAUUGUGAACACGAUGGGUGCUACCGCAACCUCAUUGACGAGCGCUUCGCCGAGGAGGCCAAAGGGUUCUGUGUUGAGUUCCUCCACGGAACCACCACUGCUGCCGCUGCCAUCCCAACAGACUUCAACAACUGUGCUGGAGAUGUCAAGGCUGUCUCCUCUGCCUGCUCCUGCAUCACCUACAGCCUGAGCACAACGGUUCCUCCCACCACCAGCACCUCCGCCCCGUGGACUACCAGCACUACCGCUCCUCCGACCACCGUCAGUACCACUGAGGCUUCCAAGACUACUUGGUCUUCCAGUGAGGUCGUUUCUACGAGCACACCCAAGGAGCACUCGUCCACAACUCCCGUCACUUCUGAGACGAGCACAUCGUCCACCUGGGUCAGCAGCACCAAGGUUCACAGCACCUCCACCUCCUCCGAGGACUGCACUACGUCGUCAACAGCUAUCAGCUCGACCAAGGAGCACAGUACCUCCACCUCGUCCGAGGACUGCACUACCUCUUCCACCGCCGUCAGCAGCACCAAAGUCCACAGCACAACCACUUCGUCGGAGGACUGCACCACUUUGUCCACUGUUGUCAGCUCGACCAAGGUCCACAGCACCUCUACAUCAACUGAGGACUGCACUACCUCCUCGACUGCUGUCAGCAGCACCAAGGGCCACAGCACGACGACUGAAGACUGCACCACCGAGACGACCGUGAGCACCAAGAGCCAUCAUUCACACUCCAGCAAGCCCCCCACGACUCACGUCCCUCCUCCUCCCCCACCUACUACCACUGAGGAUUGCACCACAGAGACUGCCGUCAGCAGCACCAAGGGAGAGAGCACGACCAAGAGCCACCACUCUCACCCCAGCAAGUCUUCCACCUGGGUUCCUCCUCCUCCCACCACCACCCCCUACGCGAACACGACGACCGAGAAACCUCCUCAUACCAAGACUAGCACCACCAAGCUGACGACUUCCACCGUCUAUACCACGACCGUUGAGACUGUGACGAAAUGCCCUCCCAGCGUCACAAACUGCCCUCACACUCCUGUCACCACAACCAAGACCAUCGCCGUCUCGACGACCAUCUGCCCCGUUACCGAGGAGUCCACAAAGCCCGUUCCCACCCACCCGGUUCCUCCACCAACGACCUGGACGACUUCCACGGUUUACACUACCAGGGUACACACCAUCACCAGGUGCCCUCCUGAUACCCCCAACUGCCCCGAGGGUCCUCACACUACUACUGAGACUAUCCCUGUCUCCACCACCAUCUGCCCUGUUACCGAGAGCGUACCUCACACUUUCACUACUGUGCACCCCGUGCCCAGCAACCCGCCUCCUCCACCGCCUGCUGGCACCCCUCCUGCCGGAACCCCUCCUGCUCCUCCCGCCAGCACCCACCCGGCGCCUCCUGUUGGUACUCCCCCGGCCGGUACUCCUCCCGCGCCGCCAGCUAGCACUCACCCUGCUCCCCCCGCUGGUACCCCUCCCGCUGGUACUCCUCCCGCUGGUACUCCUCCCGCCGGUACUCCCGCACCACCUCCGGCUGGCACUCCCUCUGCUCCUCCUGCAGGCACUCCUCCCGCCGGAACUCCUCCUCCCGCUGCUACCACGCCCGUCGCGUCGCCCAGCAAGACCACCGCUGGUCCAGUCCAGGUCACCAACGCUGCUGAGCGUCUCGGCUCCGGCAUCUUGGCCGCAGCUGCUGGUGUCGUGGUAGCUGCUCUGCUCUGA